CCCAACUUGGUGGUGCUUCCUCUUCCUGUUCUCGGCAUCCAAAUAAGCAUUAUUCUCCCCAGCCCCUUUUCUCUGUUUUUUCUUCCAAUCGUUUCGUUUCAGCCUGAAAGAAAAGGAUUAUAUUCCACGGAUCUGAACCCGGUGCGCUGUCCGAUUCAUUUUUGUUUACCCUUUUCAAUUGAUUUCGAUGUCUUCAACUUACUGGUGUUACAGAUGCAACCGCUUCGUUAGGGUUUCGAAUCAAGAUUCCAUCAAUUGCCCCGAUUGCAACGGUGGAUUCGUCGAAGAGGUCGACGUCCCUUCCAGAUCUUCGCUCUCCGACUCCAGACGCCGUCGUUUCCCCGCCGCGGCGAUGUAUAUGAUGCGCACUUCAGAUUCAGGAUCGGGCCCCGGUUCCGGAUCCGGAUCCGGCUCAAGCCCGAUGCCGAGAAGAAGCCGCAGGAACGGCGGCGACCGCUCUCCGUUUAAUCCGGUUAUUGUUCUCCCUGGCCUCAACGACGGCGGCGGCGGAGGAGGUGAAGGCGGCGCGGCCCCCGCCGGAGGAGGAGGUUUCGAAUUGUAUUACGACGAUGGAUCCGGGUCGGGUCUACGGCCGUUACCAGCGAGUAUGUCGGAGUUUUUACUCGGGUCGGGUUUCGACAGGCUUCUAGAACAAUUGGCGCAAAUUGAAGCCAACGGAAUUGGGCGAAUUGACAACAACUCGCCGGCGUCAAAAGCCGCGGUCGAAUCGAUGCCGACGAUCGAGAUUACCGAUCAACACAUAGUUGUCGAAGAGUACUGCGCCGUCUGCAAGGAGGCCUUCGAAUUGGGGGCGGAGGCUCGAGAAAUGCCCUGUAACCAUUUGUAUCAUCACGACUGCAUUUUACCAUGGCUUUCGUUGCGAAAUUCCUGUCCAGUGUGCAGACACGAAUUACCUACUGAUAACGAGAGCUUCAAUAGAAACCCUAAUUCCGGCGAAGUUAACAGAGGAGGAUCAAAUGAUGUAGGGAACGAAGACGAUACUGUAGGAUUGACAAUAUGGAGGCUCCCCAGAGGGGGUUUUGCCGUUGGAAGAUUCUCCGGCGGGAGGAGGGGUGGGGAGAGGGAGUUGCCGGUGGUUUACACCGAAAUGGACGGCGGGUUCAACAACAAUGGUGUUCCGAGGAGGAUAUCGUGGGCAUCCAAUGGGAGUGUUUCGAGGGAGAGUCGUGGAUUGAGACAAACAUUGCAUAGGAUGUUUGCUUGUUUUGGUAGAGGCAGAUCAUCAUCUUCGACUAGUUCUAGCUCUAAUUCAAGAACUAGUCGAAGGGGUGGGGCUUUGAUGUCGAUUUUCAGCUCCACUUCAAGACAGCGUCGAAGGUGGGGUGUUGAUGGAGACGAAAGCCAAUGGUGAAAAAGGAAGGUAAAAAUGCUACGGUAUUAUUCAGUGUAAAUACCUUGAAAUGGAUCGAUAAAUAUGAUGGUUCUUACAGUUUUGGAUUACUCCCUAGCAUGAUUAGUUCAAUUUCCAUUAGUUUGUCCAAAACUAGAUGGAGAAGAUAGGUUCUUGAAAGUAGGGAUUCGAGGCGGGAAGAUGAAAAGAGGGAUAACUCUUAAUUUGCUAGGGAUUUAUAGUGGUUUCAAGAACUAUGUCGAGCUUGCUUAAGAACGCAUUCUUUACAUCCCUUUUGCGACAUUUGCGGGCGACAUGUUGCUACGUUAGUUAAAGCUUGUGUAUGCUCGAUUUCUGUAAUUUAAUUUCCGCCGGGGAAGCUCGACGAGGAGCAAUGCAUUUGAUUUCUUUUCGAU